AGUAAUGAUUAAAGGGAAUUGUUAAAAAAAAACGUGUGCAAUUAAUAAACAAAUAACAAUAAUGUAAUUUAAAUUGUUUUUUUUAAAAGAAUGUUAGUGAUUAAAUUUGAAUAACUGAUUUCUGUAAUUUAUACGACUAUUAAUUAUAUAUUGAAUGAUCUAUUUUUACAAAUGUGGUAUACACGAAAACAAUUUCUAACCUCAACAUUGUUUACGUCAGCUACUCGAUUAGUGCAACAAAUUAAUUUAAAAUAUAAUUCAUCUUGUACUUAUAACAUGAAUGAAGCAUAUUUACGUUUUGGCAAAGGACAAGAAACCUUUGAAUUUACAUUUCGAUAUAUUGAUCAAGAUUUAAAAAUAGAUAGACAAUUUAAUUUUCAAAGAAAAGCCAGUGAACCCGUAUCGUCAUUUUUAAAAAGAGUUGAUGUUAAUGUUGGUAAAAUUAUAUCUAAAAAAAAGAUAAAAAAAUUCAAGAAACAAAAGAAAAAUCAAGAAACCAAGGAAGAUAGCGAUGAUGAAAUUCAAAAAUCAAUGGAAAUAUCACUUUUACGAAAUGAAAUAACAAUUGAUGAUGAUACACCAUGUGAAAUAGCAUUUCAAAAUGUUUCUCAAUUGACAUUAAAAAUUUGUGAAUCAAAAUUUUCAAUUAAACAAAAUGUACCAUGGAUUGAAGUUAUUUCAUUGCCACAAAGUAUUUUAGUUGGUUUUCCCACAUAUCCAUCGAAAUUUUUAACAAGUUUCACAAAUAUUCAAAAUUCAAAUUUUACAUGGUAUAAAAAUUUAUUAUCAAGCACACCAAAUAAACCACCUGUUUGGAAGGAAAUAGGAAAAGGAUAUUUUUAUAUACCAAAAUCAGAUGAUAUGGGAUAUAAAUUAAAAAUGAGUUGUAUACCUGGAAAUGAAGAACAAAUUGGACCAUGUACAGAAAUAGUGUCACCAAAUUUAGUGGAGGCUGGUCCAGGUCGUUGUCCAUUUGAAGAUAGACAUGAAUUUGCAAAAAAUAAAUUAACUAACAACAGUUUUCGAGUAAUGUCCUAUAAUAUAUUAGCUGAUACUUAUGCAGAUUCGGAUUAUUCAAGGGGAGUUUUAUUUCCCUAUUGUCCACCUUAUGCAUUACAUAUAGACUAUCGAAAACAAUUAAUUAUUAAAGAAAUAAUAGGAUUUAAUUCAGACAUAAUAUGCUUGCAAGAGGUUGAUGAAAAAAUUUACACUUCUGAUUAUGAGCCAACAUUGUCAAUUUUAAAUUACGACAGUGUUUUUAAUCGUAAAGGUGCCGAAGUUGUUGAAGGACUUUGCACAUUUUAUAAUAAGAAAAAAUUCGAAAAACUCGACUUUGAUUCAGUUAUUAUAAGUCAAAAUUUAGAUUUAGAAAAUUUUAAAUCCACAUGGGAGAAAAUUGAAAAUGAAAAAACAAAAAUUCGAUUCAUGGAGAGAAAUACAUCAGUGCAAGUGACAACGUUAAAAUUCAAAGAAAAUCCAUCGGAAAUUCUCAUUGUUGGAAAUACACAUUUAUACUUUCAUCCAAAUGCAGAUCAUAUAAGAUUAUUGCAAGGUUUCUUUGCAGUAAAAUAUGUUGAACAUAUUGCCAAUAAAUUUAAAGAACAGAAUCCAGAUUUAAAUGUUAAUUUAAUUUUAUGCGGCGAUUUUAAUAGUAUACCAGAAUGUGGUAUAUAUCAAUUAAUGACCACGGGAUUUGUACCUAACGAUUUUAAAGACUGGAAUAGUUUUCCAGAGGAAGCGGUGACGAAUAUUUCACUAUCGCAGAAUAUUCAAUUUGCUAGCGCAUGUGGCACUCCGGAAUACACAAAUUAUACCGUCGAUUUUUCCGAUUGUUUAGAUUAUAUUUUUUAUCAAACGGAACGUCUCGAAGUAGAACAAGUUAUUCCAAUGCCAAGUAACGAAGAAUUAGCGCUACACAUUGCAAUUCCUUCAGUUGUUUUUCCCAGUGAUCACAUUUCUUUAUGCGCUGAUUUAAAAUUAAAAAAUAUUUAACACAAUUCAGUAAAUUUAUAUUACAUAUUUUAAUAAAAUUAUAAAUUUAACAACUUACCUUUAUUUUCCCUUAAAAAUUUAAUUUACAGCAAUAUUUUCAAUUAUUUAAAAAAAAAUUGUAAUUUAAUUGAACUAAAUUAUAAAAAUAAAUUUUCAUAAAUUAUACAAUAAAAAAAUAUUUAAAUAAUCAAAAUUAAAUCCUUUACUAGAAACAAAAAGGGCUCAAGGUUUUCUUAGUGAAAAACUCGAUAUAUUCACAUUAACAUGAUUUAUAGAAGAAUCAAAAGAAUACAUCCACGUUAUCCGUGUUUUUUUUAAAAGAUACAUUACCUAAAGUAAUUUUUCGUCUAUUUUUAUUCAUUUACAAAAAUUAUAUACAGUUUACUUCAGUACUUCGAGAACAUAUACGAGAGAUCUGCAGAUUUAUUUUUAAAUUUGGUUUUGAAUUUUCUUUUAAAUCAAAAUUCAAAUAAGUACACCAUCUUUCAAUAUCGUGCACAAAUUUAAAUACAAAACAAUGUAUUUACAUAAAAGUUUUAUUUAUUUUUAUAAAAUUCACUAAGUUAAGAAAUAAAUAUAGAAAAAAAAUAAAAUUUCUAAAAUUCAAAUAUACAAAUCUUUGAAAUAUUCUCGAAAUUAUUAUUCCUUUGAUUAAUCUUCAAAAAAAGUUUUUUCAUUUCGAAAUUAUUUAAAUUUCUUUUUUGCAGAAAUAAAUGACAUUUCGUAAAUCUAAUUAAAAUAUAAAAUUGAGCACCAAUAAGAGUUUUUUUUUCUUAUUUUUUUUAUAUUACAGACUUCAUUUUUUUUUUUUUUUCAAAGUUUAUUCUCGCAAAUAUAUUUUAAUCAUAAAAUGGCACAACAAUUAAAUAAUUUCUUUUUCUGCAGACCUCAAUUCUAAUUCAUCAUCGUAGAAAUGUAACAAAACUACGAACCAUUUGUAAUCUUACUUCUAAAAAAAAAAAAAAAAAAAAAAAAAAAAAAAAAAAAAAAAAAAGGAAAACAAAAAACUGUUAUAGUCAACAAAAAUUUCCAGUGCUUUUCAAUGAUAUUAGCGGAAAAAAAAAGAAAGAAAAAAUAUUACACAUAGUGUAAUUUUUCAAAAAAUAACACAAAAGAAUCGUCAUUUUUUCAGAGAGAAAGAAAAAAAAAUAAAUUUCACUAUAAAAUCGUGAGAUACACGUUUUAUGUGAAGUUUAUAAAUGGUGCGUUAAUUUGUAAAUAAUCCUUUCGCUAUAAUGAAUUUUGAAAAUAUUUACCAUUUUUUUUUUUUUGAAGAAAAAAAAAAAAAAAAAAAUAAA